AUGGAUCCCACAAAGACAGGUGGAAAGAGGAAGAAAGGCCAUUCUGUUGUCAACAAAGUGGUGACCAGAGAGUACAUCAUCAACAUUCACAAGCACAUCCAUGGAGUAGUAGGCUUCAAGAAGAGUGUUUCUCAAGCACUCAAUGAUAUUAAGAAAUUUGCCAUGAAUUGGUUGGGAACUCCAGAAGUGCAUAUUGAUGCCAAAGCUGUCUGGGCCAAAGGAAACAGGAAUGUCCCAUAUUAUAUCCAUGUGCAGUUGUCUGGAAAACAUAAUGAGGAUGAAGAUUCAUUAAACAAACUCUAUACAAUGGUGACCUAUGUGUCUUUCAUCACUUUCAGAAACCUACAGACAGCUACUGUAGAUGAAAACUAA